AUGGUGGUCAACGCAACUGCGCCGGCGGGCACCACGGUGUCAGACCUGCCGUUAGAAUAUCUCAGUCUUUACCAUACCGUCGAUCCCUACCUCUCCUCCAUUCUCGUCUUCUAUGGCCCUGUUGCGACAGCCAAUGCGACCGUGAGCAGCUCGCGCAUUCAGGCGCAUAUCUUCACACCGGCCGGUUUUCAGAGCUAUUCACGAAUCACAAUCUCACCAGCUGCACCGCUCUAUGCGGCAGUCAACCACCUACCCCGAGAGAAACAAGGCGAUCCGGUGGCUCGGGGGCUUGCGGUCAGCAUGUUGAAGUAUUUUGCUGAACUGUCAGAUCCGCUGCGGAAGCGGCUGGCAGAUCCCACUCGGACGGGUCAGCGUCAUGGCGACAAGAUCCCAAGGCUGUUUGAUGAAAUGCAUGCUGCCGAGUUGGCCAAUCGUAUGGUCAAGGUGGAGGACUCAUCGGAAAUUGUGCGCGACAUUCGCAGUGCGUAUCAGGAACGCAAAGUCCCUUGGGUUGAUAUGGAUGUUGUGUUACCUGCGGGGACCAUUCAAUGCCCACAACGACGGGAGAGCACUGGUUCCGACAUCGAAGCGACACACACACUCCAAUAUGGCCCAUAUACAUCCCUCAUUCAGGCCUUGGGGGAUCCAAUGUUUUUACCUACAUCCAGACUCAAGCGGGCACCAUCACAGCCGACCAAUGUCAGCAAGUCGCGGAUCUUUACCCGCAACCAGAAAGAGGCCCUUCGAUUGACAAUGUGUGAGUUUGUUGAUACCGAGGAGCGAUAUGUUGCGAAAGUGUACUCUUUGGUUCAUGAGGUGGCGGAUGAGUUUCGGCAAAAGGCUCAGCGGAGAGGACCCAGCAGUACCAGCCCGGACGAGAACGCGUUGGAGGCUCUCUUUCCACCCUGUUUGAACGAGAUCUUGGAAGUCAACCUCGGAUUUCUCGACGUGAUCCGACAGGUACUAGAUGAGACGGAGAAAGAUGCGCUCGAGGAUAUCAGCCAAGACACGGAACUCCCCGCAUCCGGUUCACAUCGCGGAUCAUCGAGGGACGCUAGGGAUGCUAUUGGUGCAACUGUAUUUGCUAGAUCAUUGCUGGACUGGUUACCCCGGUUCUCGCAACCCUAUGCAGAUUACAUGCGAGCACAUACUGGGUUUACCCAGACGCUGAAUUCGUUCAUGAAAGACAAAACUUCCAGCUUUUCCCAACGAGUCUAUGAGACAGGGGAGCAGAGACUCCGAUCAUUGUUGAUGGAACCCGUCCAACGCCUUCCUCGGUACAGUCUUCUGAUCGACACUAUGACAAGCAGUCUGCCGCUAGUCCACCCAGCUGUCCGUCCGUUAUUGAGGGCUCGGGACAUUGUGAAAGAUAUUUGUGCUUUGGACAACACUUCUCCAUCUGGCCAUGCGCAAAGUCUCCGACGUUUACGGGAACUUGUUGAUGGAUGGCCCGCGAAGACCUUCCCCGACGGUCGUCUGAUCACAGCAGUGGAUGUCAACGAGAUUUCACCUCCGUAUCGACUGGAUACCCAGGCUUCAGGAUCCGCAGCGGGAAUUAUCCUUCUCUACAAAAAUUGCUUGGUACUACUCGCAAAGCCUGCCGAAAGUCGAGUCAGCGCGCGUGGAUUGCUAGCCGACAUUGAUAAUGCGGCGUCAUCAACCAACGAUCCUUCAAAUUCCAUACCCCCGACAGAGCUCAAGCUCGUUCAAGUACUCGAACUUCAUGCCGUCCGCUGCAUGCAGUCUGCAUGUGGUCGUAUUCUCUUCAUUGUACCCCCAAACCUUCCUGUGGGCACCAGCACCGUGGAUGGUAGCGACGACCUUCUAGCUUUGGAGCUGACCGCUCUGUAUGAAGCAAAGGCCAGCCGAUUGAUCGAAGAGAUCACAAAGGCUCGGAUUGAAGCGCGUUUCUCAGAACAAGAGCGGGAAGGUGGCAAAUGGACCUUGCGCAGUCCUCCUGCAAUUCCGAACAGCACGGGUAUUCUGGCAUGCGUCUGCGAGGAUGAUCAAAGUGUCGCUCUGAACCAGGCUCAGUCAUCACCAAUCCGUUUGGUCUUUGACACACCAAAAUCUAAGUGUACUGAGAUUCUAAACGGAUCCAACCUGGACGUCGUGCUGUCGAUAGCCCCAUCGAAUGGUGACCAAUUCAAGCUGGAUAUUGAUUCUGUCAUCGGGUCUCCUUCUACAGAUCUUGUGUCCGCAGAAACAUUUGUUCCAACUCUUUCUAGACGCUUGCAAUCUCUCCUUUCGCCCUUGAACAGUCCUCGAAACCCAAAGCUGGUGAAGCCGCUGGUUCAUUCAAACUUCGAAAUACUUCGAUACAUUGCGGGUGGCUUAAUCACACAGGUCAAGUCCUCACGCAGUUUCCGGCCACCUUCUCCCACGAAACUCAUAUCGAACCUCCUGGGAGGCAGCCGUGAAAAUGUGCCGACCAUCAAGCAACCAAAUUCAGCGACUUUGCUAGGUGAAUUCCCAAAGAUGCCUCCACCAAGGGCCAAUCUUUCCAGAUCCAACACUCUUCCUUCUACUUUCCCCGGCAAAGACAAGGAGAAGGAGAAGGAAAGAGAGAAGGAAAAGGAGGAAAUUCCGAGCAAGAUCUCGGUUGUUGGCGCAUCAGGUGCUCGAGGACCAGAUGGCCAACUUGGGUCACUAGAGCAAACCUUUGCGGCAUAUGUUCUCUCUCUACAAUCUCGCAGUGGCAAUAUUCUUGGGCGGAUGCUUCGUGCCCGAGAGCACGCGGACCGUGCACCAGUCAACGAGCUUUACAAUAUCCUGCUUGAGGAUCCAAGCAAGUUACAAGCAGCCGCUGAGGUGCCGGUCGACACACUCUUCGUUGCUUUCGAAACAUUUAUGAAAAAUGCCUGGAGAGCGAGCAUGGGUCCAGUGCUAAACCCUUCUGCACUCAAGCUGCUUCAGAAUCAGUUCGAUACGAUGUUUCCUCGACAUUUCGUGGAGCAUUUCCGGAAGUUCCUGGUAGAUGUCAGCCCACAGAACCGUCGGGCGCUGGCUGCAAUUAUUCGUCUUCUUGCCGAGUUGCUUGACGCAUCAGGCAAUGACGGGGACCGUGGGGCCCUAACGGUAGCAUUUGCCGAGGUUAUCACAGAAGAAGGAGAUCCUGUGCAGCAUGUAUCCCUUUUGGAUCGCCUAGUCGAUGACUUUGAUAAUCUCUUUGAAGAGUUCAUUCCCGGCGGCACCUCUGUUGAAGGGACACUCGGCUGCGACCAGACCAAAACUUCGCAUGCAAACACGGGAUCUGUGAGCUCAAAUAGUUCCUCAUUCCGGAAGCGCUUCGGAUUUAGUCUGCAUAAGGAGAGCUCGAAGGCCGAAGGGGAGAGUAAAGUUGCAUCGAUUCUGCGAACAUUAAGCAAGCGACAGAGUCCAGGCGAUUCGGAGCCUAACACUCCCAAGGGUUCCUUGCUCCGCUCCAAAUCUACAGACGUGGACGCUCGCCUGGGAUUCCUUCGUCCAACCUCCCGUGAUCGUCCUUAUGGCUUCGCAUCCGAGGAGCAAAUUUCCAGGCCGGGUACUGGGCAUGGGCAGCCGCCAUCCUUAUCCUCUAUCCGAGGAAUAUCCCAUGAUGGCGUAGUUAAAAUUCGCAGAAAGCGAAGAAGUUCCUUGUCUGAUCUUCGCCCUGACACGGCUUCCUCUGAUACGUCCCAAGUUUCUUCCAACCCCUACUUGCGUCCAGUGACCCCAUCAAACCGACCGCGAGCUGAGAUGACCACACCGACUAGUCAAUCUAGACCACAGAGUAGCUAUCUAGCAUCACCAGCUAGAGCUCCGUCCCCCACCAAGGCAACAUCGCCCGCUCGUCUGGGGUCGCCGAUUCGGCAGGCAUCACCGGCUCGCCCUUCUACUCCGAGUAGGAAGGAGAAUAUUGAUCCUAAAGUGCCCCAGACAGAGCAGUCUGCCAAGUCCAAGAGCCACAUGCUGGACUCUCCAACCCAGGAAACAAAACGGCGAUCCCGCGCGACCAGCAUUCCUUCGCGGAACCCAGGCCUUCGGGAACGCGCUCCUGUGAAUGGCUCCGAAAGUAAGCGCCCUCAGUCUUCGUCUUCAUCCCAGAAGCCGCAGAAGCUGCGGAUGCAAAGUCCCCAAAAGCUUCGCGACCGUGUUCAGACCGAAAAGAAGGCCCAAGCCACCAGUCAACUUGGGUUCCGGGACGAGCUCAGAGCUAUUGGUGAUGAGUUGAGUAAUCUGAGACUCAACCCAACAAGAAAUCCCGGCAUGGAGCCAGGCAUGAGUUCCUCUGACGCACGCCAAUCCUCGGGUGCUGCCUUGUCCCUCGAAGGCCGUCUCUCGAGUCUUGAAGAGCGAUUCGACAACAUGUCUGGCGAGUACAAUGGCCGAACAUCUGCCCUCGAAAAAGACCUGGAGUCGUCUUUGAUUGUCAGUGAAAAGCGUGUGAAGAAACUUGACGAGCUCUACCGAGAGGCUAGUGCGGAGAACGAAGCACUAUACGAUCGGUUCAACACGGAGCUCAGCAAGAUCGCCAGGGAUGUCCGAAGCGGCAGUGCAGAGGACUCUUUGAAGUCUCAAUUGGCGAAUGCACUUGAGGAGAUUAGCCGCCUCAAGAAAGAGAAUUUCCGGCUCAAACGCGAAGUUGGUGGUCUCCGAGCUCAAUCGGCUGCUGUUGCAUUGCUGAGAGCAAGUGAACAAUGA